CGUAGUCAAUUCAACCUUCCAGCCAGCCUGCGAUUGUCGAAAUUGCUGAAAGUCAACUUGGCAAAGGGACCAGUCGUGUUCGUACCGUCGUCGAGUCGUGUUGUUAAUCGUGCAUUAGCGGACGCGUCGUUGCGAAGCGAAAAUCCAAGAAAAAAAUUCAUGAAAACAGAAGAGCAAGAAGUAAAUUGUGACUUAGCAGAAAAUCUUGAUUGAAAUGCAGAAAAUCUUAGGCGAUUUGCAUUGAAAUUUGGAAAAUAAUUAUUAAAUCAGUUAAAAUUUACGGAAACCGUGAGAAAAAUUGAAAUUUGUGAAAGUAUAGGUGGAAAAUUACGUUUUACCUUCACUUUCGUUCCACGUUGUCCCCGAAGAAAAUUCUGCCCACACGUUUUCACACACACAAACACACACACUUAAGUCUAUCUGCAUUCAGACUACUUCAAAAUUGUAUACGUAAACGAAUUAUUUAGAAGUGUAUGUACAAGCAGACCCACACAUACACACAUACCUAUGUACGUGUACUAAUUGAAAGCGAAACAUCACAAACACACACAAGCGAUUUAAUUUAAUAUCACUGUACACGUUGUUGUUGUUGCCGAAACAUUGUUGCCGUCGGUUGUUCAAUCUGGUUACCAAAUCUACCUGCACACACACACACACAUACACAGAUCUUUGAGUAUAUAUGAAUUUGUGUCUCUGCAACUGCCACACAAAGUGAAUUGGUGAGAAGAAAAAGUAAAAAAAAAAAGCCAAAAACACUGCAAAUAAACUACGCACAUUUCACUUUAGCGACGCGUACUCAGCCAUAACGGUUUUUUGCGCCUCUUUAACGCCAUCUACGCAAUAAAAUAAGUCGCUUUGAAGUCUAAACGCCGUCAAGGAAGACGUUCUUACAAGCCGCUCGAAAGCAUAGAAACGCGACAACUCCGUGUAUUUGUGUAUUUUGUUUGUACUGAACGCUGUCGUUUUCGUUUGGUUGGGAUCUGAAGACGUAAUAAUAUAUUCGGCGCCACAUUUGUCGCAUCAAUCGGCGCCAACCGAACCACCAACCCACGCCCUAACAGCGGGAGAUACCCUUCUUCCACACUUUAUUCCCCCAACAGCCGGAAAUAUAGUGGACAUUUACAGUGUGUUUCGUGCAAGCAUUUCUGGUUUGUGUUCGGCAUCGUCAUCGCUUUGAUUAACCAACGUGAAUUUUGUGUCUGGUGGUUUGGUUUCGAAUAAGUUUUAGUGCUACAAAGUAAAAACCUUCCUUAUGAUCGGAUCAUUUUGGAAUUUGUGUAGAGCGUGCCCAUCAAUGCCGGUCGACAAGGUGAGUGGAAUCCAGCUCCAUUCGGAGUAUCGGAGCACUUAUCGCUGGCAUGAGUUCACAGGCAAUUCGCGGCCAGAAGUGGUGCGUCGUGCGCCAGCACCCAAUCCAAGUCAAUUCAUCGCCUCAUUAACAGGUCCAACGAAUGAGCCACCAUUACCCAGGCGGAAAAAAUGUCCAGAAUUGGCAUACAAGUCGCACGAAUUCAUUAUCGGUUCGGAGUACACAGAUACGAGAGGUGGACAUGCUGGUGCCAAUCGGUUAGCCAGGUCGGAAGAACGCGGUACACCAUCGCGUCGGAGCAAAUCUGAGGGACCCCCAGCUGUGCCCAAUGGACGUGCGUAUGCCAUACCAGAGGAGGUUGAUGGACCGGCUAAAAAACAGGCGGGUGAGUCAAAUGGCCUAUUCAAAAAGACCAUCUCAAAAUUGAGCACAGAAUAUCGUUUGCAAUUCGUUUGGCCCAAUGUCCGACGAAUAAAGGGCAUUGAGGCCGGCGAUGCGGCGGAUCACCCCCGAAAAUCAAUAUCAAUGGGGGCGCUCAAAGCUAGCCAACAACAACAGCAACAGCAGCAACAACUGCAUCUCAGGCAACACCCACAACCGGCAAUGCCAACCGUUCAUAAAAAACGUACAACAAAUCAGAAAGAAGCUACACUACAUGAGCUGGAGCCGCUGGUUAGCGAUGCUGAAGAAAGCAAACCACAAGAAAAACAAGUCACCAUUGUUGAGAAGGUCGAACGAAAAAUGACUAUACGGCCAUUCUCGCAAGCUUUCGACCAAGAACGCACCAAUCACUUCAUAACCAAGAAGGAGAACUUUGGCUUUGACGAGAUCAAAGGCGGCGUCGGUGUGGACAAUAAGCAGCAACAGCAGCCGGAACAGGAAGUGCUCUUGAAUGGCACAGCACCGCCACGUUCGCAGCCGAAUUUGGAUUUGUGGUUCAAGGAGGUAGUCGAACUGCGAAAGAAGGCGGGCGAGUACAAGUGCCGCGGUUGGGGCAUAGAAAUCGAUCCGGAGCUGUACAAGAAGCAAAAGGACCUUUGGGAGCAGGUUUCCAAGCGCAGUUCACUGUCUGCCUUAUCAUUAGCAUCUUCCGUGCAUAGACCUAUUACUAAGGAGGAAAAGGAGCAGGAGAAUAAUAAAAAAUCCAUACCAUUAAGUAAAGCCACACAAAAAACUCGAGUUCCUGGCCAUGCCCAUUUGCUUGAUAAUAAAGAUGAGAUUUCCGCACUGCCAGCUCGCUUUAGCAAUAUACGUCAUCAUUUGGAGCGCACCACCGGUCCCGAUGUUGAGGAGGGCGCACUGCUGCCAUCGCCCACACGCGAAAAGCUAAUGCCGGCAAUCACCAAACGUGAGUCCGAAUCACAACGCGGCAGCCCCAAGAAGACGGCCGCCUCACGGCAUGGCUCACCACAAAAGGGCAGUCCACAGAAAGGCAGCCCCAAGAAGGUGAUCAAAA